AUGGCCGUUGUUGAUGGCUAUGCCUACGUAGAUACCAUGACCGUUGAACAGUUGCGCCACUACGCUGCCGAUGCCGGAAAGAGCAAAGAAGAGCAGGAGAAAAUUACCGAGCCCGAGGUUAAACUCACCUACCUGGCCAACGGAGACGCGAGCAAAGAGGAGAACACCGCCACCAACGCUUCCGCGGAAGGCAGCCAGGACAAAGAACUGGAAAUGUACGAAGCCAGCGAGUUGGCCAGCCUGAUGCGGCAGAUGUACGAAGGCAACCUCGAUUUGAAAAAGCAAAUUGCCGAGGGCAAGGUGCCAGAAAGCUUUCCGGAAGAGUGGAAGAAAAUCCACACGGCAGAAGCCACCAACCCCGAAGAGCUAAACGAAACCUUUGACGCCCUGGCCAAGCAGUACAUCGCCAAUAUGGAAUCUAUUGCCGAGGCAAAAUCUACAGCCGAAGCGAAAAUAGCCUACAACGCCAUGGUGGGUACCUGCGCCAGUUGCCACCAGAUUUACUGCACUGGCCCACUGGCAAAAAUUAAGAAAAU